AUGGAAACUCAGAAGGAUGGGCAGUUGACAUUCCUAGAGGCAUGGGCAGCUGACAUUCCUAGAGGCAUGGGCUACACAUCAAAUCAGCCACACAUGGGAGACAAAGCAGCAUGGGAACCUAAUGGGCAGCUCAGGCAAUGGGAACAGCCAGGAAUAGGUGUGCUUCACCAGCCAAAGGGGAGCACGAAUUUGCACUCUAUAAAUAGAGAGAUGUACACUCAUUCAAAGGGGAGUCACUCCAUUCAGCUUAAAAUACUUCAGCCAUCCUCUAACACUCCCAUCCUUCCCCAAACACUUCAUUCAGUCCCAAAUCACCAAAACAGCUCCAACAAGCCUUCCUUCCAUUUCCCUACGAAUUUCCUCUUUCUCUGCCAUCACCACUCACCCAAACUCAUCCCAAAUCACCUCUUUAGUUGCCAUACUCUAGAUGUGAGGAAGCUCUUGGAGCAGCAUUAG